AUGACCAGGGUUACAAAGAUGACGUCGCCGUCAUUCCCAAACUCUCAACCGCAAACACCAUCAGCAGACUCCCACUCCACCAUUUCCAUUUCCACCUCCACCUCCACCUCCAACAUUUCCCGCUCAGAAAUCCCUCCGCGUCCGUCUUCUCCCUCAGGAAGCCUCUACGCAAUGUCCGACGACGAAGAAUCCGACUACAACACCAUCACCCACACCGAAACCGGCCGCGGCGUGAAGCUCCUCUUUUCAAAGUCCAAAGUCUACGUUCACCCUACACCUUCGGCCAAGGACAAUAUCCCGGGGUAUAUUGCCCUCUUGCAGCAAAAAGCCUCCUCCGGCCUUACCCGCCCGACGAGUUCCUCCUCAAAAGCCUCGAUUCGCUCCUCGGAUUUGCUGCUCGCAUGGGUGCCUGAAUCUCAACUGGGGGACUCGGCCUCGAUUUAUGUCAAGGUUGACCUCUGCGAUGGGGGCUCCCCCCCAAAACAAUCAUACCUGGUGCCGCCUCCCCCGACGGUGACUACCCACCGGGGUUCGGUAGGGAGCUAUGCGUUUGCUAUUCCCGUGUCGGCAGUGUACUCGCUGCUCGUCCGUCCGCCAAGCUUGGGGUGGUGGUAUGGGAGCGUGAUUAUCAACUCGAGGGCCGGUGAUUCUUUUCCGGCCUUGUUUUUUCACGACAAUGAAUGCCAGAGCACGUUGCUGAAGAGGAAACAGCGGGCUAGGGAGACAUUUGAUCCUUUUGGCGAAGGGGGGGAAAUGUUUUGGGGUGGGGAUGAGGUGCUGAGGUGGUUGAGGAGGUAUGUUGAGAUUGAGAGGAGUGUGGCGGAGCCGAAUGUGUACUUGGUCGAGCCGAGCCAGGAGGAUCUGGAGGGGUUUGGGGGGAAGGUUACUGCCGGUGGGAGGGCAGGGCUGGCGGUAGGGGGUGGGGUGCCUGGACCGUCGAGUUCGAGGGAUACAAGCAAGGAUGGGGGGAUGGAUCCCUUUACGAAGUUUAUCAAAGAGACGGGGUGGAAUAUUAUGGAAAAGUUCAGCAAAGUGACGACUUUUACGAGGCAAGCAGCGCAGGAUGUGCUUGAUAACCCGAGGAUUCCGCCACAGAUGAGGAGGUUGAUGAAGAACCCCGAGGUUCAGACGCUGCAGGAGGAGUUUGAUAGUGCGAGGAUAUACCUGGCGAGGUGGGCGAUGGGAAUUGCGGAACAGAGCGAGAGGGAUAGAAACCAGAGGAUAUGGACUGCGAGGGAGGUGAUGGAGUUGGAGGAUACAGAUGUCGGAGAGUUUGAGCUGCUGGAUAGCACGAAUAGUCUCACGCUGGAGCAGAUGAGGAAGCCAGUUACGCUGAGCGAGUGGAGGAAGUUUUUUGAUCCACGAACUGGACGGUUAUCGGUGACGGUGGAUGAAGUGAAGGAGAGGGUGUUCCAUGGUGGAUUGGACCCCGAUGAUGGCGUGCGCAAGGAGGCUUGGUUGUUCUUGCUUGGUGUGUACGAUUGGUAUAGUACAGCCGAUGAGCGUAAGGCUCAGGCUGCCUCGCUUAGAGAUGCGUAUAUCAAGCUGAAGGGCAGCUGGUGGGAGCGCCAGAUCGACCAGGGCGGUGAGGGUGAAGAUGGAGAGUGGUGGAGGGAGCAGCGGGCCAGGAUAGAAAAGGAUGUCCACCGCACCGACCGCAAUGUCCCGAUCUUUGCUGGCGAAGACAUCCCCCAUCCCGAUCCAGAGUCUCCCUUCGCCGAAGUCGGCACCAAUGUUCACAUGGAGCAACUCAAGGACAUGCUCCUCACCUACAACGAAUACAACAAAGACCUCGGCUACGUGCAAGGCAUGUCGGAUCUUCUUGCCCCCAUUUACGCCAUUCUUCAAGACGACGCCAUGGCCUUUUGGGGAUUUAAGUGCUUCAUGGACAGGAUGGAGCGCAACUUUUUGCGUGAUCAGUCUGGCAUGCGGGCUCAGUUGUUGGCUCUUGACCACCUGGUUCAGUUCAUGGACCCCAAGCUGUAUGAACACCUCCGUUCGGCGGACAGCACCAACUUUUUCUUCUUCUUCCGGAUGCUGCUCGUGUGGUACAAGCGCGAGUUUGACUGGCCGGAUGUGCUGCGGUUGUGGGAGGGGUUGUGGACAGAUUAUUUGAGCAGUAGCUUUCAUCUGUUUGUGGCGCUUGCGAUUCUGGAGAAGCACAGGGAUGUGAUCAUGACGCAUUUGAAGCAUUUUGAUGAGGUGUUGAAGUAUAUUAAUGAACUCUCUGGUACAAUGGACCUUGAGUCAACUCUGAUCCGCGCAGAAGCUCUGUUCAAGCGGUUCCAGAGGCUAGUGGAGGCGGUGGACAGGAAGGGUCACUUUCCUGCGCCCAAGAGGGUGCCCACACAGCCAGCAGGAGACGGUACUGCUUCUGGUUCAAAUACUGCUGCGACGCCUGCUUCGCCGCAGGGCAACACGAGCGCGAAUGAACAAAAUAGUAACAGCCUGAAUAACAAUGGAAAGGGCAGGGAACAAGUGGAGAAGGUUAUCUCGCCGGAGCUGAGGAAGUUGUUGAAGAGAGAGGUGGAAGUGCUGCCUAGACGGGACGUGGCUACGAGUAGUAAGAAUGGGGGGAAGUGA